AUGGCUCCGGGAUUUCAUGUUCAGACAAGAGAACAAAUUGAAAAGCAACAGUUUUUAUUGUUACUAUCAACACUCAUCCUUUGCAACUUCUCUCAUUAUCUUCCACCUUCCAUCUUUCUCACUCUCUCUAUUCCUAUCUCUCUCUCUCACUCUCUCUCUCUCACUCUCUCUCUCGUUUUCUAUUUCUCUCUCACUCUCUCCAUCGACCUAAAAAUAAGCCAGCAAGCGGACGCUUUCACUGUCACUGCCUAUCUCUUUCUCUCACUCGACUUCUUGUCAACUCACUUCACACAGUUUGACUUCAACUCCGACUGUUUUUGCACAAACACACGCAUAAAUAUCCAAGCUUACACGAUUCGUCGAUUUCUUUUUUCCGAGUCACUAACCGUUACACUAUCCGACGUCAUUACACAUGAUUUAAUUCCAGACAAACAAGAUGCAGACCCAAACAUUACUCUCUCUCUCUCUCAAUAUCACUCUCUCUUUAUCUCACUCUCUUUCUCUCUCACUCUCACUCUCACUCCAUUUCUUCUUCUUUCUUACUCUCUCUCACUCUCUCUCUCUCUCUCUCUCUCUCUCUCUCUCUCCUACAUGUCUGUGACUUAA